UAUAAUUCCUGACCGUAAUUAGAGAUACGUAUACACCACGAAAGUCUUCUAUUGUCCCUCGUUUUCGUAGGUUCAGUUCAAUGUGAAUAAUGGAUUAACAGGCAACACAGUUAAACUCUGGAUGUGGGCUCGGGCUGUUCUUCUACUUCGUGUUAAACGCCCGCUCAUCAGAAUUGGGAUCUGGGUAUAUUCUUUGGCUUUGGCUUCAGAUUCCAUGUUCCAAGUGAAGCACUUGGCGCUCUGUUGUGACUUGUGAAUGAAGCCAUAGAUUGUUAAACCAGACGAGCUGAGAAAACAUACUGCCCGAAAUCUGCUAAUUAUACGCUGAAGAUCAAUCAAGUUUUAUCAGAUCCGGCAAGAAUUGAGUAAAGGACGGUUUUUUCUUUUAUUAAUGUCAAACUUCGAUCUAAACAGACUCCAGACUAAUUAUACGCUGGAGGAUAUUUUCGUCCUUUUAAGAAGUUAAUUAAAUAUUAGAGAUGGAGAUUCAAUUGAAGACAUCAUCUCUACUCCAGACUCCAGACUCCAGACUCCAGACUCCAGACUCCAGCCUUCUCUCUUCUCUCCUUCUCUGAAAGUCUUCUGUUCUCAAUUCAUGGGCUCUUUGCUUUGCCCUGCUUUCAAGGAGCGUUAUCUCAUCUUUUCUCUUCUGUUCUCUUUGGCUUUCUCACAUGGGUAUGCUUGGAAAGCACCGUUUUACCCAUAUGACAUUCUUCCCUUAUUACCCAGACAGGUUUCUUGGCCAAUUCUCAACUCUCUCCGAAAUGCUGUUGAUCUUCUCCCCACUUUCGUUGGUGCUGCCUCAUCAUCUAACAGUACUGUGGAGUGGAAGGGCGCUUGCUUUUAUAAGAACAGUGCUUGGAUGGAAUUCCACAACAAGAGCGGCAGUGAAUUUGGUGGAGGGACACUUCAUAUCAAGACUAGCAAAGCUCAUAGUUGGACGUGUAUGGAUAUCUACAUUUUUUCUACUCCAUACCGUGUAACAUGGGAUUACUACUUCCUUGCUCGGGAGCAUACAUUUGAGUUCAAGAUGUGGAAGGGAAAAGCCGAGCUCGAAUAUGUGAAACAUAAUGGGGUCUCUAUAUUCCUUAUGGAAUCAGGGAUGCUAGGAACCCUUCAAGCUCUCUGGGAUGUCUUCCCAUUGUUUUCAAAUACUGGAUGGGGUGAAAAUGCAAACCUUGCAUUUCUCAAGAAGCAUAUGAAGGCCUCCUUUGCACAGCGUCCUCAGCCUUGGGUUACAAACACAAGUGUUGAUGACAUUCACUCAGGAGAUUUCUUAGCAAUAUCAAAAAUUCGAGGGCUAUGGGGUGGUUUUGAGACAUUAGAGAAGUGGGUUACUGGAUCUUACGCUGGUCAUACUGCUGUUUGUUUGAAGGAUUCUGAAGGUAAACUUUGGGUUGGAGAAUCUGGACAUGAAAAUGAAAAGGGGGAAGAUAUCAUUGCUGUGUUGCCAUGGGAUGAAUGGUGGGAAUAUGAACUGACAAAAGAUGAUACCAAUCCUCAUAUCGCAUUGCUUCCUUUACACCCUGACCUCCGAGCCAAGUUUAAUGAAUCAGCUGCUUGGGAAUAUGCAAGAAGCAUGGCAGGGAAACCAUAUGGUUUCCAUAACAUGAUAUUUAGCUGGAUAGACACAACAUACGGGAACUACCCUCCACCCAUUGAUGCUCAUUUGGUUGCUUCAGUUAUGACCAUAUGGAAUCAAAUGAAACCGGAAUAUGCUGCUAACAUGUGGAAUGAAGCCUUGAACAAGCGGCUUGGGACCGAGGGUCUUGAUCUUCCAGAAAUAUUAGUUGAAACUGAAAGGCGUGGAUUAUCUUUCGAUAAACUGCUGACAAUUCCUGAACAGGACGAUUGGAUUUAUAGCGAUGGAAAAUCAACUUCAUGUGUUGCCUUCAUUCUUGAAAUGUAUAAGCAUGCAGGAUUGUUUGAUCCAAUUGCCAGCUCCAUUCAAGUUACAGAAUUCACAAUAAAAGAUGCAUAUACCCUCAAAUUUUUUGAGAAUAAUUCAAGCCGCCUUCCCAAAUGGUGCAAUGAAGGUGAUAACGUGAAGCUUCCUUUCUGCCAAAUUAAAGGGGAAUAUCGGAUGGAGCUACCAGGAUACAAUACCAUGGAUCUGUACCCCCACAUGAAUGAGAGAUGUCCAUCACUUCCCCCAGAGUACUACAGGCCAAAGGGAUGCUGAAAUUCUUUAUUCCAUUCUAUUUUAAUAUUCUACAUAAUAAUUGCUGCCUGUACCAGGUUCUUGUAUAUUUAGUUGUCAUUUGUAACAUAGGCGUUAUAAAUUUGAUUAUUGACUAUAGCAAUGAGCAAAAGAAGCCGAGUACUAUACUCCUGGAAACUUGGGUUGACCAUGUUGGGGUGAGGUGAUGGAUUGUCUUCCCUAUUCAAACUAAGCUCCUUGACCUGGGGGGCCACUCCUCUGUGAUCCACUGCCCAAGGGUUGAUGGGCUCAUAGUCUACUGCCAUUACUACCAUCCUGUAAUAACUGCAUCCAUUGAGAAGUCUUGAAGGAGUCUAAACAACCUAGGAACUUCCAGGUGUCAGUCUGUCAGUCUGACUGUUGAACCUCACAUGUUCCUUUUGGCUUACUCCA